AUUUCCAAGUAUUUUGGAUUCACACUUGGGUAUGUAGCUAAGGGACUCUUUCUACUUUCUUAAGCAGCUCGUUUACGCCUGCGGUGAGCUGACUCAUGUCGGACACUGACGAACCGCAGUCGGUCGAGUCAGCGGGAGAGGAGACCGACGUGGCUAGCGUGCCAGAUCCAGACAGCCCGGCAGCCGCCGCCGAGGACCCGGGGCCGUCUGAGGAUGGAGAACAGCCAGGACAGACGGGAGAAGAUGGAGAGCAACAAGGUCAGGGGGAAUCGGAUACAGAAGAGCAGGAAGAGGAUGGAGAAGAGCAAGGACAGUGGGAAGAGGAUGGAGAAGAGCAAGGACAGUGGGAAGAGGAUGGAGAAGAGCAAGGACAGAGGGAAGAGGAUGGAGAGCAGGAGGGACAGAGAGAAGAGGAUGCGGAAGAACAAGAGCAGAGGGCAGAGGGCCCAGAUGAGGAGGGUUUGCCCAAAGAACAGGACGACUCAGCUGAGCGGCCAAAAGACUCCCCCGUCAGCAAUACCGCUUCCCUCCCACCCCAGAAGAGAAUAACCAUAAAUUCUGAAAAGUAUCCAUUGAAUCUGAGGUGGGCCCUGGGGAUCAGCCGGACGCUCCCCGUCUUCAGCCUGGUGGACGAGGAGCGGCUGGAGAUCGCGUACGGCUGCGCCAACGUGGCGGUGAUCUAUGACCACUCCUCCAACAGCCAGCACAUCUUCCAGGGACACUAUAACCCCAUAUCCUGUCUGUGCGCGAGCGAGGACAGACGCUGGCUAGUGACUGCAGACAUCGGCCCCGACAGUCUGGUUCUCAUAUGGGAGACCCAUUCAGGGUUUCCAGUGCAGACGCUGUUCGGCUGCCAUCCAGAGGGGGGCGUUUCAGCCAUGGCUUUAUCGCGGGACGUAAAGUACCUGGUGACCGUCGGAGCAGCCGAAAUCCAGAGAGUCUGCAUCUGGGAUUGGACCAAUGAGACGGAGGGUCCAGUCUGUGUUACAGAACUACAACCAGAAUUUGGUUGCCAGAAUUACAUCAUUUUUCACCCGCAAGACAACAGCCAGAUCGUCAGUAACAGUGAGAGCCAGAUUGUGUUCUACACUUGGGACAAAGGGGAGCUGGAUUAUUACACCCCAAAGCUGUCAGAUAAGACCUUCAACAGGCAGGUGGGCUCUCUGAGCCAGUCCAUCUUCAGCACUGAGGGGGUGCAGGCCUUCUCGGCCACAACGCUGGGGAACGCGGUGGUGUGGGACGUGGUGCAGGAGAGCUCCUCCUGGGUGAACGUGCAGAGGAUCGCCCUGAAGCUCAUCCCGCUCCAGAAACACGCCAUCACCGUGCUGACCUGCACCGACAAUUUUGUUGUCACAGGCAACGGCGCGGGUCAUGUGACCUUCUACGACCACCAUUUCAAGCUGAUCAAGUGGUACGACAAGUUCGACCUGGACUCCAUCACCUCCAUAUCCUUCUCCAAAGAGACCAACAGCAAGGUGGGGUACCUGGACAGCAUCCUGAACGAUGGCAAGCCCUCCCUCAUCCGGAACUUUGUGCUCUCCACGGCCAGUGCCGCUGUGGUCCACGUGAACACGGCGGUGGAGGAGCUGCAGCGGGUGCUGAAGGAGCAGUCGCUGGCUCUGCACGCGGUGGCCUGCCACCCCACCCUGCCCGUCGUCGCCAUGGGCAGCCACUGCGGCACCCUCAGGGCCUGGGACUACCUGAGCAAGGGCCCGGUGUGCAGCCGGGUCUUCCACAAGGAGAGAGAGAUCCAGUGCCUCGCGUAUGACCCCAAAGGCUUUUACCUGGCCGUGGGGUUCACCUGUGGCACAGUGUGCAUAGUGGACGCAAUCGACCUGCAGAACAAGCCGGAGGAGCACUUCAGGUGUGCCCACGACGGCAUCACGCACAUCGCCUUCUCCCGCAGCUCGCACUACCUGGCUACGGCGGACACGGGGAAAGCAGUGACCCUGUACCAGCUCUGUCCCAGGGACGGGAGGCUGGUGUGGGACUACCGCUGGAGGCACCGGUACCACUACGAGCCCAUCCAGGACCUGCUGUUUGGGGAGUACCCCGGCAGCCCCCGGACCAUGCUGCUCUCGCUGGGCGCCGACCGCAGGCUGGUGGAGUACGACCUGAAGAACAGCGGGGAGGACGAGCUGCGGGUGCUGGGCACCACGAGGGUGGAGCAGAGCGCCACGCCCACCUGCAUGGCGUGGUACCCGCCCCUCGCCUCCGACCACUUCCUGCUCACCGCCGCCACCAACUACAAGAUGAAGAUGCUCACCAGCACCAAGACGUGCAGGAAGACGGUCCUAGGCCCCGCCCACAACUCUCCAGUGCAGAAGAUGGCGGUUCUGCCGUCUUCGCCGGACAGGGACCCCAGCGCUCAGUAUCUCGUGUACGUCGCAGGUAACAAGCUGGGCGUGCAGAUCCUGCCCGUCGAUGGGAACCCCUAUAAGUACUCGGCGCUGAUCUGCCACCCGACGGGCAUCGCCAGCCUGGCGUGCUCCUGCGACGGAAAGUACGUCUUCACCUGCGGCGGCUCGGACUGCACCGCCUGCUGCUGGGAGCUCAACCUCAAUGCUCUGGAAGCAGAGGCCGCCCUGGGGGGCCAGGGCAUCGUGCCCUUCUACACCCUUCUGGAAGGAGGCAGAGAUGGACGGCUCUUCAAAGAUAUCACAGACUACUUCUACUACUGCCAGCUGCGCCUGCAGGGCAUCGACUCCAUGGAGCCGCGGCGUGUGUCCACCAGGAUCCCCCUGACGGAGCUUCCCACCAUGAUGAGGGCGCUGGGCUUCUUCCCCUCCGACAGAGAGAUCGAGGACAUGCAGAGCGAGGUGAAGUACAGCCGGUUUGCAGAGACGGGGGUGGAGGUCCGAGACGUGGACCUGGAGGACUUCAUCCGGCUGUACGUGAACCACCGGCCCGUGGUGGACAGCAGCCGGGAGGAGCUCCAGCGCGCCUUCGCCGUCCUGGGGCGCCUGACCGAAGACGGGGAGCGCGUCAUCUCCAGAGACGACAUGCUCCGCCUGCUGCAGACCAGAGGGGAACCGAUGACAGAGGAAGAGUUGGCGGAGUGCUUCACCAUACUGUUGGGGGCAAAUCCAGAAGGUGGAACACCCGAGCUGGAGACCUUCGACAGUAAAGAUUCCAAAGGCCUGCUGGAGAGGAUGCUUCCGGAGGAGGUCUCCCUGGAAACGUUCAUGGUGGACAUCCUGGGCUGGUCCGCCUCCGCCAGGAAGCCCUCGUCCGGAGCAGGACCACCAGCCGAGCCCGAGGGCCCGUAGGCAAGAGUGGCAGUCACUCUGUGGACCGUUCCAAACCAGCCAUUUGCUACUUGGGACAACUUUUUAAAAACGAAUUAGCCAGAUAAUUAUCUAAUUAUUAGAAUUAUCGAAGUCUCUGUGUGUCAUGCAAUACACCCUCAGUUGGUGUGUAUAUAAAGGCACUCCACCCUAGAUGUAAAAGCAUAAAAUUGAAUUUAAUUAUUUUAUUUCAUUGUUUUUUAUUGUUCGUUUUUUGUGAUAUUGCAGCUUGUUAAACACUUUUGGAUUUCCAAUUAACUGCUAUAAAAAUGUAUUGUUAUUGUUAUUAUUAUUAUUAUUAUUAUUAUUAUACCACAUCCACUGCGGUAUGUACAGACACGAGGUAUUACACCAGGCAGAAAACGGCAAAGCCUUUCGUCUGAGCCGAAUGUUGGAUUCAGCUGUGGUGCUCCUGGCGCGUGGUCGGACUGGCACAGUGGUGAUUCAAUUAUUGGAGACGUUUCUAUAAUUUUUGUUUGGUUGUUUGUUUUAAUAGUGGUAAUGCAGUAUGUGUAAGAGUUUUGUUUGUACAUGUUUUUCAAAUGAUCGGUUUUAUUAAAGCAUCCUACGUUUUGGAUCAAUAUUUAUGACGUUUAAAUACAACUUUUUGUAAAUGUAUCUGGCUGUAAAAUGUAUGCGGAAAAAACACCUCGCGAUGUCAAUAAUAAAAACGUGUUUGUAUUGCAAAGAA